AUGAGGUCUAAUAAGAGCGGAACUCGAGUCCAGUGCUUCCCUUUAGUGUGGACUCCCCGGAAUAAUUACGCCAGAACAGGAACACGGCCGUUCAAACGAGAGUGGCGUGGCUAUGAACAAAAAUACCUAUCCCGCAAAACUCCAAAAUUGCAUAGAAAAUUGUCAGGAUAUAUAGCGAACCCAGUGACUGGAAUUGAUUUGGCUGGUGACGGUGCUGAAACAGUCCUUAAACAAGUUCUGCAUCUGGUGGUCGUUGGCUUGUUCGCUGAGCUGGGCAAUUUGAUCGCAAACGUUUCAUCGCCAAUCGACGUGACAUCAUUAGUGCGUUAUUGUGGAGAGUAG